AACAAAUUACCGCAGAAAAAAAUAUUAUUAACUAUAUAAAAAUUAGAAAAACGUGUUUAUAGUCCCUCCGAGGGCCUUGCCGCCUUACACUCACCAUCUCUGUGAAGCGUCUCCAGACACCAAAACAUCUAGCAGAGAUGGAGGACGAGGGCUCCUUGGACUGCUACUCGGCUGGUGAGGACAUCGUGGAAAACGGCAAGGGUCAGAAGGGUGGGGAGCAGCACGCCAGUGAGGACGGGGACGAGGUGGUGGAUCUGGAGGCCAACAACCAGGAUGUGGAGUUCACAGAGGAGAUCAUCAAUGUGGAGGGCAAGGACAAGGACGCCAAGGACAAGAAGGACGGGGACGACAAGGACGACAAGGACGGGGGUGACAAGUCCAAGAAGAAGAAGAAGCUGCCGUCCAUGGAGGAGGACAUCGGCAUUACCACCUUUGCCGGGGAACACAAGGGCUUCUUCGGCAUCAUCAAGCAGAGGUACUCAGACUUCCAGGUCAAUGAGGUGGACAGCCAGGGGAAGAUCAUCUCGGUGACCACCCAGACCAUACCUGAUGACCCUGAGGAAAUACCAGACAUGCCCGAGUGUGUGCCAGAGAUGCUGGAUGACACAAAGCUGCGUGAGCUGGAGAGGCUGCUAGGGAAGCUGAAGCCCAAGAAGGAGGCAGAAGAGGGUGAGCAGAAGGAGCCCAUUGAGAAGCAAGCCAAGCAGGAUGAGGAAGAGGAAAUAGAGGCAGAGGUGGAGGAAGUAGAGGAUGGGAAGCAGAAUUCCACCAAGGAGGAUGGUGUGAAGGAUAAGGAGGAGGAAGAGAAGGUAGAUGGAGAGAAGAAGGAAGGGGACCAAGAGCAAGAUCAAGAUGAAGAGAAGAAGAAGGAGAAGAAAGGUCCAGAGAUUGAGCAUCUGCCAUCACUCAGUGAGAUUUGGAUCAACGUGGACCUUGCCUCCCCGGAGGACAUUAGCAACGUGCACCAGGCCAUCAAGCACAAGUACCGUGGAGUGGACACUGUGUAUGGUGAGACUCCUGAUGGAGGAAAGUACAUCGUGGCACGGAAGAGGAAAGGUGGACUUCAGAAGGAGAGAACGCCUUGGCCCAAGGACCAGAUGUACACCACGUUUGUACUCUUCAAGGAAAACGUUGAAACAGUGGAGGCCAUCAACCAGAUUGCAUGGAAGGCCAGGGUGAAGCCCAGCUGUUUCGCAUAUGCUGGAACCAAGGACAAGCGAGCCAAGACAAGCCAGCUGGUGUCCGUCAAGGAGGUGUCCCCGCAGCGGCUGUGGUUGGCCACCAAGAACCUCCGCUCGGUGCACAUUGGUAACUUCCACUUCACGGACAAACCCCAGAGAAUCAAUCUCCAGUUUGGCAACCACUAUCGGAUUGUCUUAAGGGAGGUUGAUGGGGCAGAUGAUGAGGUGUUAGAAGCUGUUGAGUCUUUGAAGACUAAAGGUUUUAUCAAUUUCUAUGGCACACAACCUUUUGGCAACAACAGCGUCUUUUUGCGUGGUGUUGGUUGUGAAUUACUCAAAGGCAACUGGCAACAGGCAGUGAACAAGAUUCUUGCCCCACGGGACUCUGAUGUGCCAGACCUUCACCGCUGUCAUACCACGUGGAAGGAGACUGGUGAUGCAGAGGCGGCCCUCAAGAUGCUGUGCAAGGGCUGGGAGGCCACAGUUGAGUCUCAGCUGCUGACUGGCCUUGUCCAACAAACCGGCAAUGACCUGGUGGAGGCUCUCAACCGGAUUCCACGAACCACCCGCUCCCUCUAUCUCCACGCCUACCAGAGCUGGAUCUGGAACACCAUUGCCUCUCGUAGAGUCAAGAAGUAUGGCUUGAAGGUGCUGCCCGGCGACAUAGUGCGUCGUAAGGGCUCGGAUAUGGAAGAAAUGGAGGAAGACGCACCUGAGGCCGAGGGUGAAGAGGGCAAGAGUGGAGAUGAGGCUGAGGUCAAGACGGAGAUGGAAUCUAAUGGACAGAAUAUGUCUGGCUUCCACUUCCUAACAGAAGAAGAGGCUGAGACAACAGACAUAACUGAUGUGGUGCUGCCUUUGCCUGGCUACAAUGUGGAGUACCCCAACAAUGAGAUCAAGGAGUGGUAUGCCGAGAUGCUGGAAGCUGAUGGACUCUCCUUCAAUGCCCUCAAGCAUGAGAUCAAGGCCUAUGCUGCACGUGGUGUGUACCGGCGGAUGGUGGUGGUGCCCACAAUGGUGGCAGGCCAAGUAUGCUACUACAGGGAUGCCACCAAGCCGCUCCUCCAGUCUGACAUGGACAAGCUGUGGUCAGUCAAGGUGGAAGACAACAUCUUGAAAGAAGGUCCAAAUAAGUCUGCUAUUGUGGAGAUGACUCUUCCUACGUCCUCUUAUAUUUCUGUAGCUCUGCGAGAACUUCUCAAGCGAGACACUUCUUGGCAGUUCCAGGCGGCCCAGAACAUGCCCAGUAAUGUGAUCGACCGAAGCAGAGACCUGAGCCGUGGCGGCCGUGGACGUGGAGGACCCUGGAGGGGCGGUGACCGAGGCUCCUGGAAGCCCACACCUUGGGCCAACACUUGGAGGGACGACCGCGCUCCUGGCUGGCAGCAGGGCCGAGGUGGGAGGGGCAACUUCAGUCCGUGGGCAGACCAGGGCAGCUUCAGAGGCCGAGACUAUGGCUGGAACAGAGACCGCAUGGGGUAUGGAGCCCAUGUGACCAGUCCUGGAUCCUGGGGUCGAGGAGAUAAGCGCCCCUGGAGGGGGGGAGACAGCUGGGCCAAUAAGAGAGGGAGAUACUGAGUAUGCGCUGGCUAACGUCACAGGCAUGGCAGUGGUGUUCUGCAGAUCAUGAGUUUGGUGUCCAUAGGCUGGUGUUGUCUGACCUCAUUGUACUUAGUGUUGGUCUGCAGAGGCAAUCAGAAGGCAUAGAUGUUCAAAAAGUUAAUGUAUUAAGUUCAAUUGAUGAAUGUUUUCAUGAUGGUGAACUGACUUGUUUAUUUCAGAGCAUCUCUUACAUUUAGCAGAGCACUAGUGUUAUAAGGAAAGUAAAGCUAUCAUACAUUAUCUUGAGAUGUAAUUUAACUAGUUUCAGUAUGAGAGUUCAGCAUUGUCAGAGGAGAGGUGAGGUACCAUUAUGAUUUCCCUGUUUUAUAAACUUUUAAACGUGUCUUUUUGAGACAAAUAUAGAAAGGCUUUAUCAGUAGUAAACUUGACUGUCUUCAUUUCAGUUAACUUGUUUUUAUACUGGCAUUAUGCUGUUAACUGGUUGUGUGGUUAAACCAGCCACAUGAUACUCAGAUUAUGUAGAUCUUAUGAGAAGAUCAAGUGGAAGGAGCUAAGUUCCAAGCACCAAGUUUGUAUAAGUUGUGUAUUACCUAAAGUUCUUGAAUGUUUACAUUUUAAGAAAAUAAUCUCUUUUGUCUGGUAAUUUUAGAAGAUUUUCAACAUUUAAUGAAAUCAAUAAUCAUGUAUGUAUUAGUAAA